AUGCCGUUUUCCAAGCAUAUCUUGUCCACAGAAUGGACAUUCAGAGACCGAGAUGACGAGACACCGGACGCGUGGAUGCCGGUGGCGGCAGUGCCUUCCACGGUGCAGCAGGAUCUCAUUGCGAAUAAGAAGCUUGAGGAUCCCUACAUAGGCUUUAAUGAACUUAAAGCUCGAUGGGUCAACGAGAAGUCGUGGGUUUAUCGACACACGUUUCAACGACCGGAAAUUCCUACUGGCGCCACCGUGGCACUGGUGUUUGACGGCCUCGACACUUUCGCCUCGGUCAAACUCAAUGGCGAGACAAUCCUUGAAGCUAGCAAUAUGUUCUUGGGCUACCGUGUUGAUAUCACAAAGGCACUAGGGUCUCCCAAUAGCACAAAUGUGCUAGAGAUCGAGUUUGAUUGCGCCCAGCUCAAAGCAAUCGAGCUACGCAAGACAGACCCGGAUCAUAAAUGGCAGGGUAUGUUUGGAGAUAUGGCUCGUCUAGCCGCGCGCAAGGCCCAAUACCAUUGGGGCUGGGAUUGGGGACCAGUUAUCAUGACAGCUGGUAUCUGGCGCGAAGUGCGAUUGGAAGUCUACUCUGGACGAGUAGAGGACCUAUGGCCACAGGCACACCUCACUCCCGACCAUAAAACAGCGACUGUUACGGCAACUGCUAAAGUCGAUGCGUCUAAUUCGGAACCCUGCGUCGCUCGCUUCCAUUUGACUCUUCGCGGACAAGAAAUCGCGAGCCAGGAUAUCCCUGUAUCCUCUGAUCGGACUGCCCAAGCCAGCUUUGAGGUCGCCAAUCCCGAAUUAUGGUGGCCACAUGGCUACGGCGCUCAGACGUUGUAUGAGGUUUCAGUCUCACUCUUGUGCAAUGGAAACGAGCUUCACCGUGUCGCUAAGAGAUUUGGUAUUCGGUCCGCCGAGGUCAUUCAGCAGGCUGAUAAACAUGGAAAGUCUUUCUAUUUCCGAAUCAACGGAAUGGAUAUAUUCUGUGGCGGCUCUUGCUGGAUCCCUGCCGAUAGCCUACUACCCAGUGUUAGCGCGGAGCGAUACCGGAAGUGGAUCGAGCUAAUGGUGGCCGGUGGCCAAGUGAUGAGCAGAGUAUGGGGUGGCGGUAUCUACGAGGACGAUGCUUUCUACGAUGCUUGCGAUGAGCUUGGCGUGCUAGUAUGGCAGGACUUCAUGUUCGCCUGCGGUAACUACCCAGUAUGGCCCGAUUUCCUAGAGUCUGUGCGAAAGGAGACGGUUUACAACGUCCAGCGAUUAAGACAUCAUCCUUCAAUCGUGAUUUACGUUGGUAACAACGAAGAUUAUCAAUUCCAGGAGCAGACAGGACUCACUUACAACUAUGAGGAUAAGGAUCCGGAAAGUUGGUUGAAAUAUGACUUCCCAGCACGCUAUAUCUACGAAAAGCUGCUGCCAGAACUGGUAUCCGAGUACUCGCCGAGCACUUUCUACCACCCGGGAAGCCCAUGGGGCGACGGAAAGGUCACAACCGAUCCUACCGUGGGAGAUAUACAUCAAUGGAAUGUGUGGCAUGGAACACAGGAAAAAUAUCAGAUCUUUGACUCCAUAGGAGGCCGCUUUAACAGCGAGUUCGGAAUGGAAGCCUUCCCGCAUAUGUCAACUAUCGAAUACUUUGUGGAAAAUGAUCAAGACAAACACCCACAGUCGCAGGUUAUGGACUUCCAUAACAAGGCCGAUGGCCACGAGAGGCGUUUGGCGACGUAUCUGGUGGAAAACCUGCGCAUGUCUACUGAUCUAGAGACAUACGCCUACCUCACACAAGUCCUUCAGGCAGAGACACUGAUGUUCGGAUAUCGUGGAUGGCGCCGGCAAUGGGGUGAUGAUCGCAAGUGUGGCGGAGCAUUACUAUGGCAGUUGAACGACUGCUGGCCCACAAUCUCGUGGGCAAUUGCGGACUACUUCCUGAAGCCAAAGGCUGCAUUUUACACAGUUAAACGAGUGUUGCAGCCGCUGGUGGUGGGUGUACGACGUGAACAUCACGACUGGAGCGUAGCGCACGCACAGCCUCCCACACAGAGCCGGUAUGAGAUGUGGGUGGCUAGCAGCCGACAGGAAGUUCUUCAUGGAACUGUCGAGCUACGAUUCUUAUCCGUGGUGACGGGUAAAGAUAUACGCGCCCCAGCGGUCUUCACGGACGUGACUAUUGCACCCAACGGUUCUUCCGACAUUACAAGUGGAGUCAUUGAUCAUGUCACGGAGCCUGAGCCACAUGUCCUUUCUGCGAGGUUAUGGGUAGACGGUCAGAUUGUGGCCCGGGACGUUGACUGGCCACAGCCGUUGAAGUACCUUGACUUUUCCGAUCGCGGACUGGAAGUGAAGCAGCAGCCAGGUGCUUCAGCUGGACAGCAACGCUUGAUAAUCAGCGCACAAAAGCCGGUCAAGUGCCUUGUCUUUGAGGAACGUGAAAAUGUGCGUCUUAGUGACAGCGCUAUUGACCUUGUCCCGGGCGAUGAGCAGGUGGUGGAGAUUACAGGGCUAAGUGCCAGUGACACUCCAUUGGGGUAUCGCUACCUGGGUCAAUAG